AUGGUUAAAAACAAGCCCAUAACCUCUUCCAUCUGUACAACUCCAGUUCCGCCAGUGUCCACGGACAUCAAUUCUAAUAUGCCCCAAGAAUUACCAAUUCGUAGUCUCGGCGCUGGAUCAUCGAAAUACGGGACCCGCACAGAGAUAUUACGAGAGAAAAUUGCACGAGGCGAAGCGUCACUCCUGGAGCAAUAUCAGCUAUAUCAACAGCGAAAUGAACGAAUUGUUGCUGCCGAAUCGUCGCGCUCAAUACAAGAUUUGCCAAAAGAGGAUAAAUGGUUCGAGGGUUCAACUGAUGAAGCCGAAGCCGCUUUUGGUCAUCCUCCCACUAGCGGAGGAAGUUCUCCAAAGCUGAUGUACACUCAGAAGGAUGAGGUUUACAAGGCUACUUAUGGGGAUCUGGAUGAUACAGUUGAAAGGAAGAAAGUUCCUUGCGCUGAGUCUCCUGUCGGCUCAUCUGAUCAGGCUUGGGCACUGGAAAGUUGGGCCAGGGAAGAUGAAGCUUUGCGAAACCGAAGUCAUUCGAAAAUUAAGGUCGAUAAAGAGUUAGCCUUUAAUUCGUUAUUUCCAAUGGUAACUACUGAACCUAAAUCAAGAUCACGUUCUUCAUCUCUUGAAAACGAACGAAGAUUGGAGGAGACUUGGGCUCAAACUUAUUCAUUUGCCACUCCCGCGGUCGAAGCUAUCACUCCUUCAUAUCCUUGGAACCCCAAGUUAUUUAGAGCAACUGACACAUUAUAUGACAUCAUGACAAAGAAGUCUCAUCAGUCUUCGUCUAUCGAGACUGGACAUCGGUCUACAAGUAGCAGACAAACUUUGUUUGAGGGAUACCAUGAAAGCAAACAGGACGAGGGGAACAACUCACUUAUUGGAAAUGGGUUGAGAAUGGAGGUAGCUAAAGUUGCGAUGGAAGAGAAUAGACUCAAGGAUUCCGAGGCUUAUGCGGAACCAUUCAUCAAGUUCAUGACGGAAAACCCAACGGUUUGGCAUGCGAUUCAAUAUUGGGAGAAGAAAUUGGAGAAGGCUGGAUUUACCAAGCUUUCUCCUCGUGAAUCAUGGAACGACAAGCUCAAACCCAAUGGCAAAUACUACGUGAAUCGCAACGGUACAUCUCUAAUCGCAUUCUCCAUUGGUGGCGCCUACACAUCUGGGAAUGGAAUAGCAAUGGUUGCCGCACACUCUGAUUCACUCACAGCCCGUCUCAAGCCCAUCAGUGCGAAAAACAAUAAAGCGGGAUAUGUACAACUUGGAGUCGCUCCUUAUGCCGGUGCUUUGAAUGAAACCUGGUGGGAUAGAGAUCUUGGUAUCGGUGGUAGAGUUUUAGUCAAGGAUGAGAAAACCGGAAGUAUUUCUCAGAAGCUGGUAAAAUUGGAUUGGCCAAUUGCACGUAUCCCAAGUUUAGCUCCCCAUUUUGGUGUUGGAAUGUUUGGUCAAAACAACAAGGAAACACAACUUGUGCCAAUCAUCGGCCUCGAUAAUUCCGAUAUUGAAUCUUCCGGUUCAUCAUCAUCAUCCUCACCCAACGAGUUUCAAACAUCUCAUAUCUCGGGUGCAAAGUCCUCAUUCAUCUCCACCCAACCACCAAAACUUGUCACCCUUAUUGCUAAGGAAUUGGGCGUUGAAAACAAGGAGAACAUCAUCAAUUGGGAACUCGAACUCUUUGACACUCAGCCCGCUCAACUCGGUGGUCUCGAUAAAGACUUAAUCUUCUCGGGUCGUAUCGACGAUAAAGUAUGUUCUUGGUCCACCAUCGAAGCACUCCUCUCCAACUCCACCUCUGAAGAAUCCAAAUCUUCCGGCAUCAUUUCCAUGGCCGCUCUCUUCGACGAUGAAGAGAUUGGUUCGCUUUUGCGCCAGGGUGCAAAUGGUAAUUUCCUCCCAGGAACAGUCGAACGUAUUGUGGAAUGUUUCAAUCAAUUUACAUACGGUCCUAAUGUCUUGAUGGAAACAUAUGCUAAAUCCUUCCUCGUCUCUUUCGACGUUACACAUGCUGCAAAUCCUAAUUUUUUGGAAAAAUACCUCGACGAUCAUGCACCAAGAUUGAAUGUAGGGUUGACGGUCGGAGCGGAUAGUAACGGUCACACGACAACAGAUUCCGUCUCAACAGCAAUCUUUCAGAGAUUGGCGGAGAAAUGCGAGCAAAAACUACAAACCUUCAUGAUUCGAAAUGAUAGUCGAUCAGGAGGUACAGUAGGACCGAUGUUGUCGAGCAAAAUGGGGGUUAGAGCGAUCGAUGUCGGCAUUCCACAAUUGAGUAUGCAUAGUAUUAGAGCGACGACCGGGUCUCGGGAUCCUGGAUUGGGGGUUAGGAUGAUUGAGGGUGUUUUUGGAGGGUGGGAGGCGGUUGAUGGGGAGUUUGCUGCUGGUCAAGGUUGGUAA